AAUUUGCCUUGAUUUGUUUGGUUUUGUAAUGCAAUUAUUUGCACCGAACCGACCAAUCUUAUCGGUGUCAAAAUGAAUUGAAGUUGGAAAACUGCUGACCUAUGAUAAACGGCAGGGAUAAUAGUGAUGUUCCACUCACUUGCUAUCUUUUACAAGCCACUGGUUUUCUGCCACGUUAGUCUCAGAGGCCACGUGUUCUCUCUGAUUACGGCCGAGCUUGGUACUCCAAAAAGUUUUGACUUUUCUUUCUCGAAUCAUCCAUCUCCGAGAAUCUGAGACACUGAAACGGUGAUUCAAGGAACGGGAAAUUUUUUAUUUUUUUAUUUUUAUUUUAUUUUUAUUUUUUAAAAAGAAAAAACUAGUCGGAGUUUAUAUAGUGGAGUCAAAGCCAAUCUAAGAUUCAGUUAUGGAUUCCAAAAAUCAAAAUCUGGAGCUAAUUAACGCCGCAAUCCAGAAGCUGAUACAGGAGAGGAAAAACAGAGAAGUCUCCGGUGAAAGCUUUAUCGAAGAAGAUGAUGAUGACCAGCUCUUUCUCUCCCGACUGCUCUAUCAGUUGGAAUCAUUGAAAAGAGAUGGCAAACUUGAACAAAAUGAAUCUUCAAAUAAAGUGGGUGAGGUAAAUUGUAGAGUUGAUGAAUCGAAGAGUGAGAAGGGUGAUGGUAACAUUGAAGUUGUUGAUACAGAUGAAAUCGUGAAAGAACUCAAGAAGGUGAAGAAACAGAAUUCUAUCACUCACUGGCUUCUUUCGGCCAUGAUUGUGCUCACACUGGUUUGGCAAAUAUCAGAGGUUUCUCUGAUUUUGAAACUUAAAGAUGGAGUAAGCCACCCAUUUAGAUCCCUUGGAGGUAUGCUCAUAGGGAUGUUUAAAAGUUCAACUACAAAUGGCCAUGAUUCAGAGAACCAGAAUGAAUCUCAUUCACUGCCUCCUAUCAAAGUUCCCGAUUUUCCCCACAUGGAAUUUCCAGAUUUAAAUGGUGAUAAUGGUGGAAAACAUUGAUAAUCAUAGUCGUGAUUUUUUUGUAUUGGAAUUGAACACAGAAAAUGUGAAAUUUAUCUCGAACAGUGCUUUUGUAUUCGUUGUUUUGAUCUUGGUUCAAAUUGGAAAAAAGCUAUAAAUCGCAAAUCUUUUCGUCCCA